AUUUGUAAUCGUUAUUUGUCUUUACAACUAGUAUAAAAAAGAGAGAUCUCCGUUUUUUUUUUAAGACUUGUCCGGAUUCCAUCAAACGCCUCCGUUUUUGCUUGAAAAAUGGUACUUGACAGGAUUCAAACAAGAACUAAUUCGAGACACAUUCUGUUAUUCAAACUUGUUCGGGCAUUCAUUUCCAGCAGCUACAUAAUUUUGUUGGAGUAAAAAUAUACAUACACACGCUCUACAGUAGUAGCUUUGUUCUGAUUUGAUUUUAAGAAAAGGUUUCCUGAACACGUGACACAUCCAAAACUGGAGCCACUAAGCACUAGUACAAGUAAAUGGCACAUUUAUUGAAAAUAGUUUUAUUAAUGGGAUCAAUGGAGAAGAGAAGAGAAGAGAAGAGGUAAAUAGGGUUAGCCACUUGUUCUUGUUCCCUUAUCUCUUAUGGUGAAAUCCCUGUUCCUGAUUUCUCGAAUCCCAAUGUCUUCCACCACCAUCCACCACAACGGCUCCCACAUACCCAAAAAACCCAAACUCUCUUCCUUGGAAAUCGAAUCAGAAUUCGGCCACCACGACUCCUCCGUCGCCCGCAUCAACAACGGCAGCUUCGGGUGCUGCCCGGCCUCCAUCCUCUCCGCUCAACGCCGCUGGCAGCUCCAGUACCUCCGCCAGCCCGACCACUUCUACUUCAACGACCUCAAAUCCGCCGUCCUCCAAUCCCGAACCUUAAUCAAGGACCUCGUCAACGCCGACCACGUCGACGAGAUCUCCAUUGUUGACAACGCCACCACCGCCGCCGCCAUCGUCCUCCAGCACACCGCCUGGAACUUCCGCGAAGGAAAGUUCCAGAAGGGUGACGUCGUCCUCAUGCUCCACUACGCCUACGGCGCCGUUAAGAAAUCCAUGGAAGCCUACGUCACGCGCGCCGGAGGUAACGUCGUCGAGGUCCCGUUACCUUUCCCCGUUAAUUCCAACGAUGAGAUCGUUUCCGAGUUUAGGAAAGCGUUAGAGAGAGGAAAGAGUAAUGGGAAUAGGGUUAGGUUAGCGGUAAUUGAUCAUGUGACUUCCAUGCCGUGUGUUGUUAUUCCCGUUAAAGAGUUGAUUCAGAUUUGCAGGGAGGAAGGUGUGGACCAGGUUUUUGUUGACGCUGCACAUUCCAUUGGGUGUACUGAUGUUGAUAUGAAGGAGAUUGGUGCUGAUUUUUAUACUAGUAAUUUGCAUAAGUGGUUCUUUUGUCCACCUUCUAUUGCGUUUUUGUACACUCGUAGGAACUUUAAAGGUACUGGUUCUGGUUCUGAUUUGCAUCACCCUGUGGUGUCUCAUGAGUAUGGCAAUGGUUUGGCUGUGGAGAGUGCUUGGAUUGGGACUAGGGAUUAUAGUGCUCAGUUGGUGGUUCCGGCCGCGGUGGAGUUUGUUAACCGGUUUGAAGGAGGGAUUGAGGGGAUCAAGAAGAGGAAUCAUGAGGCUGUUGUGGAGAUGGGGGAGAUGCUGGUGAAGGCGUGGGGGACUCGGCUUGGGAGUCCCCCACAUAUGUGUGCUAGCAUGGUUAUGGUUGGCUUGCCUGCUUGUUUGGGGAUUGGGAGUGAUUCUGAUGCCCUAAAGUUGAGGACACAUUUCAGGGAUACUUUUGGGGUUGAGGUUCCGAUAUACUAUCGGCCCCCAAAAGAAGGGGAAGUUGGGGUGGUUACUGGAUAUGCCAGGAUUUCUCAUCAAGUGUAUAACAAGGUUGAUGACUAUUACAAGUUCAGGGAUGCAGUUAACCAGCUUGUGCAAAAUGGGUUCACUUGUGCUGUUCUUUCGGAUUGAAGAGUUGCGAGGUGUCACUGUUGUUUUUCUAAUGAAUAAAAGCAAUCCUUCUAUGAUUGCUUGCAAGCUUGACUAGUUGUGAUGGUUUCGGUACCAUAGACUGCAGGUUUUGCCAAGAAACUACAGCAAUGGCUCAUAUUAGCUUUGCUGCGAAAAAUUCCUUAGGAGAAACUUCAAUGUUGAAGUCCAUGGAAAUAUCCUUGUAUAUAUAUAUAAUCGUGAUUCUCAGA